ACUGUAGUAGUUGUUUAAUUUCCUGCUCAACAUUUACCAAAAAAGCAUCUAGUGGCAGCUACAACUUCGUUUUCAAAACUUUUAAUCACUCUCUCCCUUUUCUUCCUAUGAUUCAUCACGACGCUGCACCAACCAACCCUCCAUAUCCUCGUCACUCUCGCCUUCUUUGUUCUAAAUUCACUGUCCCAGCUUGAAUUUUCUCUCCACCAACCUUUAUAAUUUUCCUUCACUUUCCCUUGAUUUUCCUUCUUCCUCAACAUGUCCCAAUUCGCUUCCUUGGUUUUCUUCUCCGUAACAAUCCUCCUCAGUUUUCCCAGCAUCUCGAUAUCCGACGAGCCAUGUCCAUAUCCAUGUUACCCGCCCCCCAUCCCCGGCGCCACUCCCGCAACUCCUUCCGUCACCCCAGCUCCGCCGGCACCGCCUCAGUCUGUCUCCUCAUAUUCACCCCCUUCUGGUUAUUACCCUUACACCCCUCCACCUCCCUAUGGCGGCGACUUUAACGGCGGUUCAGGUGUGACCCCACCACCUCCUGAUCCGAUUCUGCCUUACUUUCCGUUUUACUAUAGGAAGCCUCCUCACAGGACAGAUGACACGUCGGAAGCACCUGCUCUGCACAGAUGGACGGGGAUGAUGAUUGCCGCGACCUGCUUUUUGUCUCUGACUUCUCUCCUUGUGUAAUAAAAAUUUCAGCGAACAACUUGAUGUAUUUGUUAAGCUGUAGUCUUGAAAUGAGGGUUUAGAGUAUUUAAUUUGCAGUAAUUAUUUGAAUCUCUCUUUUCUGUACUUGGAUGAGAUUUCUGCUAUGCGUGUGGUUAUUGUAUGCAGUGGAGGGAAAAACAGAGGAGAUGAGGAGAGGGUGGAUAAUUUGGAAAGCUGCUGAGAAGAAAGAAAAUGCAGAAAAUAACCAGAGAUGAUGUAUCUUCCUUUUGUCUUAAGAAAUUCAAAUUACUAUAUCAAGGUUUCAUCAAAAUAUUCAACAGAA